UGGUGCACACUGACACACACACACAGACAGACAGUUAGACAGACAGACAGACACUGGUCAUGCCAUUUUCCGUGCGCCUUGCUGGGGGCGAGUUUGCGCCCCUCUAGCAGAGAGAGCAGCUAUUUUGAAAGUGACCCCUCAUUCAGGCAGCGACUCUGCAGCUGUCAGGAACCAUGACUGAAGAUGACGGAUUCUGUUGUCGUGGAGGGAUAUGCCAGACUCAGAGAUGGGAAAAAGUGGAAAACUAGGUGGCUCGUUCUUCGCAAGCCGUCGCCUGUAGCAGACUGCCUCGUGCUGCUGGUUUUUAAGGAUAAGUCUGACAAAGCGCAGGGCAACAAGGAGAGGGCCAGUGUCACCUUGGAGGAGAUCUGCGGUCUGGAAGUGGGACAGUGGUAUGAAGGCGUGGCUUUUACUCUGGCCAUCGUCUGCCUGAACCAAACUGCUCUCCUGGGCUUCGACAGCAAGGAGGCCCUGCAGGCGUGGGAGGUCCGCCUGCGAUACAGCCUCGGAGAAGUUCACAGAUUCAGUGUUGGAGUCUUACCAGGAACCAAGUUGGAGAGUGGACCUGCAACCCUUCAUUUGUGCAACAACCUACUGGCCCUCGCCCGGGAUGUCCCUCCGGUUAUUAUCGGCCACUGGAACCUUCCAGACCUGCGCAGAUAUGGGCCUGUACCCAAUGGAUUUGUGUUUGAGGGAGGAACAAGAUGCGGUUACUGGGCCGGUGUUUUUUUGCUCACAUCUGCUGAGAGCGAGCAGAUCAGCUUUCUGUUCGACUGCAUCGUCAGAGGCAUCUCCCCCACCAGAGGCCCUUUUGGUCUGCGGCCAGUUCUGCCAGACCCCAGUGCCAGUCAGGCGAAUUCGGAGGAGAGGCUGAACCACGAGGCCCAGGAGCUGGAGAAACGACUGAGCAUGCUCUCUCACAGGAGCAGCACAGCCUCGUCCUCGUACUGCCCGUCAGCUGGGGGAGACGACCGCAGCAUAUCCGGUUCCUCCGACACUUCAGACACCAGCCAAUCGGACUGCAGCAUUGGCAGCCGGCUGGCCAUUUGGACCGAACCGGCCUCCAACCCAUCCGAAAACGUCGGCCACGUGGUCGCCAAAGCGGCGUUGCAGAGCAUCGAGAAGCUGUCUGUCAACCAGGGAGGUGGGAACCGGCCCGCUGCCAAGCUGCCCCGCCAGCUUCAGGAGAUCGGCCGCCAGAGCUCAUCUGACAGCGGCAUCGCCACCGGCAGCCAUUCCUCUUACUCUGGAAGUUUCUCCUCCUACACAGGCAGCCUGGAUAUCACCCCCUGGGAGGACUUUGGGUCUGUUUUCAGCUUGCCUCCCCACUUGGCACAAGACCUGAGUCCCUGUACUUGCCUCACUGUCCCUGGACAUGAAUACCAGGUACCAACAUCACUUCGGUAUCUCUAUGACUCUCCCAGGAAUCUGUUACAGGAGGGAGGUGCGGGUGCCAAAGACAAUGAAUCCAGCACCCCAACUCAGGACACUCCUGCGCCUUCAGGCCUCACAACAGACUCAGAAAAGGGAGAUAAAAGCAGCACAGUGACCUGUGAGGGUCACGCCGAAACUACUAAAAGACGGUCAAUAAGUGAACACAUACCAGACCCCUCAGAGGAGAGUAAGAAAAAGGUGGCGCCCUCUAGUGAGCAUCCAGACUCCUGUCACAUCUGCAGCUCUCUCACGUCUGUCUCCAAAACCAUCGUGACCAUCUGCUCAGUGUGUGGUGGAUUUAAGGGAACACCGUACAUCCAUGGUAGUGGUUCAGUGAUACCUGCCAUACCAGAACAUCAUAUUUUCAAUCCAGCAGAUCAAAGUGUUGACAAAUCACCAUGCAGCCUCAGCACUGCCAAUGAAUACAAUAUUGCAGUGAAGAAAAUUCUGGAGAAAUCCUGCGCCUUCCCUGGAUCUGGAAGCAUCCUCAGCGAAGUGAAGCCAAUAGUGAGGACGAGUGAGGAUUUACCGCUGCCAAGAAAAGGAAGAGAGAAAUUAGCCAGUCUCUUAGCUGAUCUGUUAGGAUUUCCAAACACAGAUAGGCAGCCAGAGGCAAAGACUAACAGACUGAACUUGUAUGAGUCAAUGAGUCCUAGAUUUGGAAAUGAGCUCAAAUCUGCACCAGCUGGCACCUGUGUACCACCACAAGAUCCACAGCAAGAUAGAAGCGCUGUCAUUUAUGAAAACUGUCUCAAGUGUCAAGGAGAGCACUGCCACCCUCCUCCACGGGCCGCACCCGCUGCAAUGUACCUCAGCAGUAACAUUUCCACUUUCCAACCCUUUCCUAUUGGGCUGCGCCUGAAGAACAGCCAAGAACAUGAAGUUGCUGCUAAUAAGGGACUGCUCUAUCAAGCUGACAGUGAUGGAUCACGGAGUGUGGCCGGGCAGUAUCGGUAUGAAGAGAUGAAUGGUCGGACAGUGACCAGUGAAGACAAAAGGCUUAAUAGUAAAGAGGAAAGACGCAGAGCUGAUCCUGCUUAUGAGAUCAUGGAGAGCCGGGCGCCGGAGAGGAACUCAGAGGCCGAAGAAAAGAGCAAGUACGAGCUAAUGGGCAGCUAUGGUCAGCAGAGGUUCCUUCAAGAGACUGAAGGUGCAGUGUUCGUUUUCCCCUCAGAGGCACCGCUUCCUGAACGGCCUCGCAGCGAAGGUGUGACAUAUGUGAAUAUUCCUGUUAGCCCCACAUCCAAAAAGCAACUCAACUACAUGGAGCUAGAGCUGCAGGAGCCGGGUCCUGGCACCCGAGGGACUGUUGGACAUCUCCCGCCUCAGAGAAAGAGCUCCACCAAGUACGCCCAGAUUGACAUCACUGCUACAGAGACGGCCCACAAAGUGGGCACACAGCACGCCCUGGGUCGGCAGGAGGGCCUGCACACUCUGGAGCUAAGAAGAAAGGGGACGCCACAUUGACUUCUUCAUCACUGAAAUGUUGAUCUCAGCAGGAUGUUUUUGCUCAAGACCAGCGUACUACAUCACAGUUUGCAAAAACAUGGCUCUGAGGAGGGUUUUUUCAGUCCAGACUGUUCCCAAAAGAUCCUCUGAGGUUUUCUGUGGGAUUCGUUCUCCGUUAUGUUCCAUCUUUUGAAUACAGAUGUUUUUUUGGGAAGUUGCUUCAUUCAGUCGUCUGCCCAGUGUCAGUUUCCUCUCAGAUUCAGACUUGCUUCUGUAAUCUCAAAGCAACUUGAAGAUGGAGCCUCCUCAGAAAAGGUUUGGCACAGGAUCAGGAGCAGCAUUUCAAUCUUCGUCUCUUUUGUGGACUAGGGCAUCUCAUUAAAUGGCAUUAUGUCAGUGCCGGAGCCUCUGGCUAACUUGGAAGUUGUGCCAGUCCUGAGCUGCGUCACCGGCCUCCAGUAAACCCCCAGAGCAGAGGCAUUUCACAGCUGACUCGGGCCAUCACUAAUAACACGCAAUAUGAUGGGUUUUUUAUGCUUUGUCCCCCAGCGAGGCAGGGUGGCUGCAGAUAGAAGGCAGAGAUGGUGUUUAGAGGUGUUCACACUCAUUUAUUCCUCAGUGAUAACCACAUCAGUAAUUCCACAUGUAGUUGCACAAAACUUUUUAGCAUAUAUUAAUAUUUGGGGAAACUUUCCAUUCAGUCUUACUCAGAAUGCUGCAAAUUUCAGGCUCGCUGUUUCAAAAAAGAAAAAAGAAAAAAAUGAAAGAUUUAUGUUUGUACAAGUAAAAGCAGGAUAAUGAAUGGUUCUGCAUAAUACUUCCGCAGUGUGCAUAGGGACUUUUUUUUUUUUUGGGCCUGGGUAUAACUAAAGGAUUGGUGUUUAUCAUAGGAACAGAAUCUCAUUGCUGCCAUAUUUUGUCUGAUUCAGUCUAUAUGUAUUAUUAUUUACUGUGGAAAAGUCUUCAUAAGUAAUGCAAAACAGAGAAGAAGGUGAAAAUCACUGGAUUUUCGUAAUCACCCAGCAACAGCAAGCGAUUCAGAACCCACUGUCUGUCACUCAUGGCCUUUCUUUUUCCAAAUUAUGUAUUUGAAGAACAGUUUGAAGUUGUUGUUGUUUUUGUUAAUUAACUAAAAAAUUUAAAUCCUUUCUAAUAUUCCUAAUUGUGUGUGCACAUGUAGGCAUUUUUACUGAAAUUAUAAAAGAAAUAGUUCAGUUUAUGUUUUGUAGAACUAUUUCAGUCGCCCAUUCUAGUCACUACAUUGUUCUUGUCUCAUGCUUAACUCGGAUUACACUCUAUUGUAAUAUCUGUACUGUAAAUACAUUUUCUUUCUAUUUAGGUGAUGUGGAUUGUUAUGAAAUAUACAUGUGAAGACAUAAUGUAUGUACAGAGAAGAUGUAUUGAAAGAGUUCAUGGACAGUGCCCGCUUCCUAAGGCACUAUUUUUUCCUUGUAAUACUAUUAUUCUUGUAAAUUAUUUAUAACAUUAAGUCAUGCUUUGAUGUGCGUGUUUGGAUUUUCUAGAGCUACAGUAGGUCAUAUAUGGGACGUUUUCCCCAUGUACAGUUGUAAACUAGUUCAGUACGAUAUUAUAUAAAGCAUUGUUACAAUUGA